UUCUUGCAAUAAUGUUCAAAGCAUUGAAGCUCCUGAAGCCACUUACUGGGGAGUGGGGUUCAGACCAAACUUUGCAGCACUAUCAGGUUAGCGAGAGAGGGAGUAGCCGACAAAAUCAACUUCUCUCUGCAGCCAAGGAGCUCCAGCAAUACUGGGGAAGGAGUCUGCACUGCCAGCUACAGUUGCAGACCAGACUGGAGAUCCUGCUGGACUGGGCCAUGGGUCUCCAGCAGGAUGGAGGGACUCUGGGAGAGAUGUCUUACCCAGAUUUAGAUAUAUGCGUUCCAGCUCUGCUGGGGAUGGAGUACCCUGACCCCAUGGGAUCUGGUCUGAGUGUGCCUGUGCUGGGGUGUCAGACUGACCUCAUGUCUGGCAUUAUAAUACCUCUGGCAGGGACCAUGGAGGAUCCAGAUGGAAAAGGCUUAGUGGCCAUUCGUUAUGGCUCUCAGACUGUUGACCCGGUGACAGGGAUGUUGGCCCCAGUUGUCGGAGCCAGGCUGGAUGUGUCCAGGAAAACUGUUAUACCUGUCACAGCUUCCUACUGGCUGAUAAUGGCAGAUCAAACUGAUAGUGUGCAGGUAGAGGCGCUGCAGAGAGAGGUGUGUGUGAGAAACACUUACUGGCAGCAGCAGAGGCAACGGGAGGAAGAUCUUCUCUCUGAUCUGGACUCAGCUUUAUUCCAGUGCAUCUUCAGAGUCAUAGAGGCAAACUCUUAUCAGGUCCAUUGGUCAGGGAGGCAUCUGAGGGAAGCAGUUGUUGAGCUGCAGGAUUCAGCACAGACUGAGGCCCAGAGGAGAGCGGCUCAACGUUCCCACUUGGCUCUGAUCUUGCCUCCACAUGUAUUACACAUCCUCACACUGGGCGACGGAGAGGAGUGGGAUCAUCAGUGUGUUUGGAACGCAGAGCUCAUGUCAGGCCUUGAUAAGGUGGAUGUGUGUAUGGAGCAGCUGCAGCAAGACCAAGAAAAAUGGACUACACAGGGAGGAGACUGGGCUUCAACCCUCCACUCUAUGGACAGAGAGCUGAGAUGGAGGGAGUUGUGGGAGCAGUGUUGCUCCAAGCAGACAGAGUUGGAUGCUCCUCUUACUGCACUACACUUUGUCAGGCACCUUUCUCAGCUUCGAGCUGACACUGCACAGGCAGUACUGCGUGGGAACUUUUGGUACAAGGAAUAUGGUCUGGUUCAGUGCAGCAUGCACAGACCGACUGUGAAGGUCACGGGUUUGCUUCAACAGUUUGCUUUGCCUCUGUUGGAGAGACUGAGCCAACUCCUGGAAGACAAACAGCUGGCCAGCUUCUCACCCAACACCUGCAACCAGCACGUAUCUGGUUUGUCAACAAAGCAGGCAUAUGGGUUGGAAAUAGCCUCCAGAGCCUGGACAGCCUCUGUGCCUGUGGUGAAAGGAAUCUCCACUCAGUCUUUGAGGGAGCCUGCCAAUUUAGCGCAGUCCCAGGACAUGGGUCUGCAGAGCAGCUCUUCGCCGACACACAACUCACAAAGACACACUGCAUCUUCAGGCAUUCACUCCCAGGAGAGUCAACCGGCGAAAGAAUCUGCUCAGCCGACACAUGUGUCUGUCCCCACAAUGCCAGAGGAGGACUGGAGCAAGCUGCUGGAGCUCUCUCCUCUGUUCCAGCUGCUGAAGGAGGUGCAGCUACAGCUGAUUGGCUGGGCCAGUGGGACAAAGCUUAUUAGAGGAGAGUUUGCCGACAAAGGUAACAGCUUCAUGGACAUCCUCGAUGCUCAGUGGGAAUGUGAGGGAGAGCUGAUCCCUUUGGACAUGUCAGUCCUCAACCCCAGAGAGUUCCUGGUCUACCAGCAUGGACUGUUCCUGAUGCACACACUGAAUAAUCUAAAACUGACUCCAGUCAUUUCACUUCAGAUAGCAGCUAGUCUCCCAUACAACAACUACUUCAACAACGCCUUCAGGAAUUCCUUCUUUUAUCAGGAGGCGGAAGAGACGCUCUUUGUCCGUCGCCAGAGGCUCCAGUCAGUUGGGGGCUUCUCUCUACUGCUGCAUCACUGUCUGUCUCAUGUCAAAAUCAAAGACAUGAGCUCUGACGCCAAUCCUGCCUUCCAGAGGCUUUUCUUCAAGACACUGCAGGAAAGCAUGGCAGAGCUGUUUCAGGCUAGACUGGGUGUGCCCAUCUCAGGACAGGAAGCCAAUCUGUGCGUGUUGUUUCAGGACCGUGAGGCCUCUUCAGGAGAUUUAAAGGACUUUCUGCCAGACUCUCAUGCUGCCUCUCUGCUUUACAAACUUCACAAACCAAUCAAAGGAUUGCUGUCUGAAGACGACGUUGAAGAACUUAAGAUAAGACACAGAAAAACAGCUCUGUUCUCCCAUCUUGAAGGGAUUUUGAGAGAGAAGAGCUCUGAAGCCACAGGGGAAGGCGGAGACCAGAUCGGGUAAACACAUCUGGAGACUUUUAUGCCUCCAUAUUAGUAUGCAGUGUAAAAUUUCACAUGUUAAAGUUCAAAUCAAUUCCAGAAAUAAAAACAAUACAAAUUCAGAGGAUUCAAGAAAUUCAGGAAAACCAAGUGUCGGACAAUAUGCUAUGUUUUCAUAAUGUUGUAUUCGUAUGUAGAUAGAGUUUAUUGCAAAGGCUCACUCUAUCCUUAAAAUGCUGCCCCCUCCAGGUAAAGGAUUACACGAUAGUAUGGGGAAAACUCACUACUGUAUUUUUCAUUGUUUUGGAUUUUAAUGAGUAACUGUGUCCCUAAAUCCAACUAGAAACUCAAAACAUAUUUUACAACUUGAAAAAAUUUCUCCAUAAUAUUUAGCGCUUCCUUUAAUCAGUUACCAAAUUCUUGCAUUGUUUUGUUAAACAAAAUAUGUUGGUCAUUGCCACAUAACAUUCAAUGACAAAUUAUGUCAAGUAGUGGGGUCAUUGUGGUUUGUGCUUUUUGCUUCAGUUAUGAAUGUUGCAACUUCGAUACAAAACACCAAAAUAAAAACGAAACAAAAAGGAAAUAUCCUGCCCAAACAUCUGAGACUUUUGUAUCAAUAAACAUAUCCUAUCCACUCUAGUUUUUUGUUUGGUCAGUUUUUUUUCUUGCCUUUUUUUAAAUUUAUUUUGUGCGGCAA